UCGAACUCCCUUUUUUUCUUACAUCGUGCAUGAUAAAAAAAAGGCUCGCUGUUCGUCGAACGAACGUAACCUAAUUCGAAUUUUGAUUGGUUUGCAACGUAACUUUUGAACCGAACCGUAAUCCGAACAUUUGAAAUGUUAAAAUACGUUAAUGCUUGAAAACUAAUGUUGGACGUAGACAGGAUUGUUAAUCUUGUCCUAUCAGUCGAACAGAUCCAUAAAUUACAAACGUACGUUCACGCGAUCCUGAUUCGUAUGAUAUACAAUCGGUGAAAAUCCUUAAAUUGCUUACAGUCGAGUCAGACAAAUCCACCAGUUAUGACGGAUGAUCGCUCGUCGGGUGCUUUAACAGCAGAGGUCUUAAAUGAAUUACGUACAACAUUUUACGAAACUAGCCGCUUCACCUUGGCACAAAAUGUAUGUACGAGGACCAAUCCCAUAGAGGCUUGUAUCUCACGAAAAGUAUUGGAAGAGUCUCAACAUGUCUUCACCCACAAGAUCGAAACGGAAGGAAAGCCAAUAACGAAUCAAAAGAAUUCCGGGCGGUGUUGGAUAUUUUCAAUUUUAAACGUUAUAAGAACUGCCUUUAUGAAGCAAUACAAUUUGGACGAAUUUGAAUUUAGCGAAGCUUAUCUAUUUUUCUGGGACAAGGUUGAACGGUGCAACUAUUUUUUACAUAAUAUUGUAAAAAGCGCGGAACGGAAGGAACCGGUGGAUGGUCGCUUGGUAUCGUUUCUGUUACACGACCCGGUUUGCGACGGCGGACAAUGGGACAUGAUCGUUAAUCUUAUAAAUAAAUAUGGUCUUGUCCCGAAAGUCUGCUUUCCAGAAUCGUACAGUUGCGAAUCCAGUUCCCGUAUGAACGGUAUCCUGCAAAGUAAACUAAGGGAAUACUCUAAAGAUUUAAGAGAUUUGGUAGCAGAGUCAGCGUCCGAUUAUAGAUUAGAAUCUGAGAUCAGGGACCAGAUGAAUAUAAUUUAUCGAAUUAUUGGAAUCUGUUUGGGCAUACCUUCGGAGACUAUCACGUGGGAAUAUUACGAUAAAUCAAAGAAUUACAAUUGCGUUGGUCCAAUCACACCGGUGGAAUUUUACGAGAAACACGUGAAACCAUAUUAUAAUGUAAAUGAUAAAGUAUGCUUGGUAACAGAUCCGAGACGAUCCAAUCCGUUUGAUAAACUUUACACGAUAGAUUGUUUAGGGAAUGUAGUAGGUGGAAAACUCACGUUGUACAAUAAUCAACCAGCCGCGAUAUUAAUGGAUUUAUGCGCGGAGAGUAUAAAACAAAACGAGCCCGUGUGGUUUGGAUGCGACGUGAGCAAAAGAUUAGUAGGCAAACAAGGUAUAGAGGACAUGAACGCCUACGAUUUUGGUCUGAUGUUUGGAACGGAUGUACAUGUUAAUCUUUCGAAAGGAGAUAGAUUACUUUACGGAGAUUCUAUGAUGGUCCACGCGAUGGUAUUCACGGCUGUUUCGAUCGAUAAGGAUGGCAACAUUAAAAAAUUCCGGGUGGAAAAUUCUUGGGGAGAAGAUCAUGGACAGAAAGGAUAUCAAUUGUUGACCGCUGAAUGGUUCUCUGAAUUCGUGUUCGAGGCAGUUAUCGAUAAAAAAUUAGUACCUGCGGAUAUUUUGUCUGUAUUUAAACAAGAACCCAUUAUUUUGCCCGCGUGGGACCCGAUGGGUACUCUUGCUCACUGAUAGUAGCCGGAACCCUUUAAUGUUUAAAGAUGAAGAUUUUUAAUGAGUAAUGUAUGCAUAAAACACUCAGGAUUGAACAUAAAAUAAUAAAAUUUUAAGCAUUCUGGUAUAAUAAAGUACAACAAAUUAAAUAUUUUAUAUAACGAUCCUGUCGCGAUUCGUGUACGUAUAUUACGUUUCAAAAGUAACGAACACUUUUUUGAUAAAUCGACAUUCAUCUUGGGUGCAACAAUUUCGAGUUACAAAACCACCGAACUGCGUAUUUAAAUUUGGAAAAAAAUAAUAUUUUUCGUUUUUCAUUUGUCCAACGUCUCCGUUCAUUAAUUCCUUUUUCUUUUUUUUACUGAUCCAGUCACUAGAAUCCAGUGCAUGCGUAUCGAAUGAGUUUUCAAAGUUAAUUUUUUAUACAUACGCAUAAAUAUAUGUGGAGUAAAUUAAACAUAGAAUUGAAUUUAACUUCUUCACGUUACUGGCAGACGUGAAAAGUUGGCGACCGUCAUUUUUUGUAAUCUAAAUUAUAC